CUUAUUUUUAUCAAUGUUAUCAAUUUACAUUAUGUUUACAAAUUAACAUACUGUUACGCUCAAUUCUUUUAAUUAACAGCAAGUUUUGCGAAUCAUGUGAGGAGUGUGGUACGAUUACGUGAAACGAAGUAAUCGUGCUUUUUGACAAUUUCCACUCUGGUCCGUACUUGCACCUUCUCUAUGUUAUACGUUCUCUGCAUCAGCUGCUUGUUGUCAGUUUACCGAAUUGUAUUUCUCGUGUGUGUUUUGCAUUUAUUUGCUGCAUUGUGUGAUUUUUACGAAAUUUCUUGUUACUGAGCAAAAGAAGUGCAUAAUAUAAGGAAAAUUGUGUGUGCAAUAUAAUCGUAAACAAAAGUGUGCAAAAUAAAAGAGGUGCUUAAAGUGGGUGUUACGAAGUUGGCGUAUAUAAAACUCUAAGUCAUCGCUCUUCACUUUCAAAUUAUUUAAAAGGCAAUAGAAAGCAGGAAAAAGCUUCUAAGUUGACCAGAUAUUAACAGCAAAAUGCCGAGACACACGAGAACUGUAAAGGAGCAGGCCAAGGUGGAUUUGUCUAAAAUACCGGCACACGUGGAACGUGUAAACGUUAGUGGUCUGCUGCGCACGCACAAUGAUUAUGUUAUGAAAGCAGCUGAAGGUCUCUUUAAAGCAAGAAAUUUUCAAGAUGUCAUGAUCGAGUCAAUGAACGCCAAAUCCUACCUACACGAAUUGGGCAUUUUCAAGGACGUGCAAGUACGUAUCGAUGUCAGCAAAGGUGAGAAUGCCUCACCAAAUGGCUAUGAGAUUACAUUGAAGGGUCAAGAGCUGUCACGGCUGGUCGGCUCUGUUGGCACUGAGGUGGGUCAAAAUGAGGGUUCGCUACGCACUGAGCUGAGUAUACCAAAUAUAUUAGGACGUGGUGAAAGUAUUUCACUGCAAGGCUCCUAUGCCACAACACGUGCCAAUGAAUUACAAUUGAAGUUCUGGAAAUCAUUUUUCCAUACGCGUUUCGUAGAAAAUCGGCCAGAAGUCUCCUUCUCCAUCUUUCGGCAUGUGGAUCGCAUGGAUGUGAGCUCGUUUCAAAAUGCUAAAUCGGGUUUUGUUGCGGAUUUUUCUGUGAAUACCCUGUUACCAUUUGAGGUAAGCAAUUUUGUUUUUGUAAUCGUUUUAUCUGUAGGGUACGCUGUUAAAUACUUUGUAUUUUACUUUUAA